CAGCAGCAGCAGCAGCAGCAGCAGCAGCAGCAAAUAAAUACAAAUGACCUCAGGAUUCGCACAUUUGAAGAGAUAAUGGCGGAAAUAUAUGAAAUCAUCGACAACACUCCAUCCUCCUCCCGUGUGAAUGUGGAGGCAAUUAUGCUUGAUUCCCUUCUCGAUCGCUUCUACAUCGAGCUGGCCAUGGCCCAUGUCAACGAAUCAACAGAAGCCGGGGACAGCGCAGCCUGCAGCGCAGCUGGCCAGGAGCAGAACGUGGCUACUGGCAAUGGCAACCCGAUGGAAUUGAUGAUGAUUGAUGAUUUUGAGUCUCACGAGUCUCCACCCGAAGGCGCAUACCAUGACCCAUCCAGCAACACGACCGUCGUUGAUUGGAUGCCCAUAGACGAGUGGGAAAUGGUAUGGGAUUCCGAGGACUCAGAUACAGAUGAUGAAACUCUGCCAUUAGAAGGCGGUUCUCAGUAACAGACCAACACCAAUAAGGCGAAAAUACCUUCACAAAAAUAUGUACCCAUAUACCAACUCGAACUACUUCCAUUAAAUCUGAAUCGCGAUUACUGAUUGGAUAUUUCAAAUGUA